GUGUGUGUGUGUGUGUUUGCUUGUGUGCACGCGCGCUUCCUCACCACAGACAGACAGGACAGAGAAUAGCGUUUCUGCAGACCGUUACUAUCAGUCAGAUAAACUAGCUCUCAGUACUGUUACACUUUAAAACUUUACUUUUAUUAUUAAAACACUUCAAAUUAAACUCAUGUGACGCCUUUGUGAGGUUUGGCAAGCGGAAGUCCACGCUGUAGGAAGUCUAAAAAAGUGAGAGAAGAACUGGCUUGUUUAUUCGGUAUCCUCUCAGAGAAGGACGACAAAAAUGGACACUCACAUUAAAGAAGGACAACUUUUUGUCCAGCACCAGAAGUUUGGAAAGAAAUGGAAGAAGAACUGGUUUGUGCUAUAUCCGGCAAGUCAGAACGGCAUUGCCCGGCUCGAGUACUUUGACUGUGGUGGAAGCAGCACGGAAAAACCCAAUACUAAAAAGUUGGAUAAAAAAAUCAUCCGCUUGUCAGAAUGCAUCAGCAUCCUUCCUUCUCUCACCGAAACCUGCCCCAAAGAGAACAUGUCGGCCUUCUGCGUGGAGACCAAUGACAAAACACACGUGUUUGCAGCCGAAAAGCACAUUACCACUGAGUGGGUGGAGAAAAUGUGUGAAAUAGCUUUUCAGGGAGGAAGCGGCUGUUUUCCUAGUACAGACUCAAAUGGACAGCAGAACCUGCAGAUGUCUGAGAACCUGAUUUAUUUCUCCAGAGAAGAAGUCAAUGAAUUCUGGGUAAGCGUCCAAAGAACAGAAGCAUCCGAACGUUGUGAUCUGAUGGGUAAUUACUGGCUUAAAGUGGAUGGAGAGAGUCUGAUUUUAAAGGAUCCUAAAACAAAGAGGAACCUGCUAGUGUGGCCCUACAAACUGCUGCGUCGCUAUGGCAGAGAUCGUGUCAUGUUCUCAUUUGAAGCUGGGCGGCGUUGUGAGUCCGGCCCUGGCAACUUCACCUUUGAGACGAAACACGGGAAUGAGAUCUUCCUGAUUGUGGAAAGCGCCAUUCAUGAGCAGAAACAGGCUGCUGAUGAACACCAGAGCUGCUCAUCUUUUGAUGGAGACUGUCCUGCUCUUCAACAGAUCCGCACCGCUAUCGCUGAGGCGAACAGCCGAGAGCCUGAUGGAGACUCCGGUGGGAGUAAGCCUGGCUCUGCGGAUGGGGUCAUUGGUCGAAGAGAAGGAGAAAACAAGAACCUGAAGGGGCGCAUUUUGCCAGAACCUCCAGUUCCUGUCGCUAGCAUGCCCUCACGCGGUCUAAAAGGCAGUCCUUUAAUGGAAGAUCAGGUAAAUCUGUACUCUGAGCCUGCUGACUCAGUUCGUCUGCCCAGUAAUCUUGGGGAACGUCUGUAUUCUGACCCUAUAGACAGCAUCAUACCUACACCAGUGGCCAACUCACGGCUCCGUCCCCUAGGGGACGAAGGUGGAAACCAGAAGUCUGAGCCUUUCUAUGCCGAUAUCUAUGACCAAGUGACCCUCAACCUGGUCCCUAAAACAGCAGCACUGGGACUGGAACCUUGGGUCAGGCAUCCCACAGAGCACAUUUAUGAUGAGCCAGAGGGGAGGGCAGGUACUUUAGGUCAGCCGAUGACCGCACUGUACGAUGAGGCGCGCGUGGAAAACCAGAUUUGGCGAAGCAAAGCACCUGAUGGACCGCAGGGUCACGAAGUGCCCCACAACCCGAAUACAGAGGACUACAGCAUCCCCGUUUUUGGCAAGACGCCUCCACCCCCAGCUACGGCUAAGCCUAAAGGUCCGAAGCCGCUCACAGCACCCAAGCCAGGAAAGGUUCCUCUCAGAAAAGACCUUCCUCUACAAUCCCAGGGUAAAUCUGGAGCUAACCUGAACAACAACAAUAGCAGGAGUAGCUAUUACAGUGCUGGAGAAGGGAUUGGAAACGGAGGAAGCGAUGAAGCAAAAAUACAGAAGCCCACAGAAAUUUAUAGUAAAGUGUCUAAACCACUAGCUACCGCUUGGCAUCCUGUUAUGCGACCACCAGACAUUAUCUAUGACAACUUGGGGGAUAUCUGAUUUUAUUCUUCAUGCCUUCUGAUAGUCCAGUGCACUUAAUAUUGAAGCCUACACUUGGAAAGUACGUUUGCACACACUUUCUAGGGUCUUGUUGGAAAGGCUUUAUCGCUUGCCAGGGUAAAAUGUGGGAUUGCUCAGUAACUGGAAACAAAAUCAGCAAUUGUACAAUCGUGUGUUGUAGUGAAGCUGCAUCAUAGAUAACGGACUAUGAUCAACGAUACCUAAAGGCUUUGUGAAGGGCGAUGAUACUACACUUUUUUGUAUGUGGGUUACCCACAUGGUCUCGUAUCAAAUUUGCACAUAUUUUUACCGGUUUCUCCUUCUUAGUGAAUCAAAAUGAGUCUGUGACUUGUAUUUUAAAGGCUGUAAAGCACUUAAUAUUAGAAAUGUAAAUAUCGAGAUGACAGAAUCUGCUGUCCGAUUGCUAGAUCACCAUGAGUCGUAAAAAGUCAGAGACUAUAUGGACAAUCGCUGCACACAUCUACAUUUGUUUUCUAUUGAAUUUCUAAAUGUAGAAGUUGACUAAUAUUUUGUGCUGUGUGGGAGUAAAUAAACAGCUGUGCUGUUAUUAUUAAAAUAAUAAUAAAAAUAUUUUA